AUGACGCCCGUUAAAUCGAGAGUCACGGUGGUCGGAAGCGGGAAUUGGGGUAGCGUCGCCGCCAAGCUCAUCGCCUCGAACACGCUCAGGCUGAAUUCCUUCCACGAUGAAGUGAGAAUGUGGGUGUACGAGGAGAAAUUGCCAACCGGUGAAAAACUCACCCAAGUCAUCAACAGAACAAAUGAGAAUGUUAAAUAUCUCCCCGGCGUUAAGCUUGGUAAAAAUGUUGUUGCUGAUCCCGAUCUUGAAAAUGCAGUGAAGGAUGCCAACAUGUUGGUAUUCGUGACACCUCACCAAUUCAUGGAGGGCAUUUGUAAGAGGCUAGUUGGGAAGAUAAUGCCCAAUGCUGAAGCUAUUUCCCUCAUUAAGGGAAUGGAGGUUAAGAAGGAGGGUCCGUGCAUGAUUUCCUCCCUAAUCUCCGAUCAACUAGGAGUUAAUUGCUGUGUUUUGAUGGGUGCAAACAUUGCAAACGAGAUUGCGGUGGAGAAAUUUAGUGAGGCGACCGUUGGGUACAGAAAAGACAAACAAACUGCUGACCAAUGGGUUCAUCUGUUCAACACUUCAUACUUUAUGGUCUCGGCUGUCCAAGAUGUCGAAGGAGUUGAACUAUGUGGAACGCUGAAAAACGUUGUGGCUAUUGCAGCAGGAUUUGUGGAUGGGUUGGAUAUGGGGAAUAAUACAAAGGCUGCAAUCAUGAGAAUUGGUUUGAGAGAAAUGAAAGCCAUCUCAAAGCUUCUCUUCCCUACUGUCAAAGAUAGUACUUUCUUCGAGAGCUGUGGUGUAGCAGAUCUAAUCACCACCUGCCUAGGGGGACGAAAUAGGAAAUGUGCUGAGGCCUUUGCUAGGAAUGGUGGCAAAAGGUCUUUCGAUGAGCUAGAAGCCGAGAUGUUACAGGGCCAAAAGUUACAGGGCGUCUCAACUGCAAAAGAGGUUUAUGAAGUUUUGAGCCAUCGAAAAUGGUUAGAGCUUUUUCCUCUAUUCUCCACUGUUCAUGAGAUUUGCAUCGGUCAGCUUCCGCCAACAGCCAUAGUCAAAUACCGUGAGCAACCCCCAAAAUUUUCCAUCGUGGAAGGCUCUAUUCAGUUUUUCUAA